AUGAAGUGGAAGAUACAGACGGAAUUUCCCUCUUUCCCUUCAUUGACACCAACAAACUUCGGCGAAGACGACCCAGAGCUGAUAGUGUUUGCUCCAUUAACAAAAUCUGCCAACAUUAAGGCCAUAUCUUGGGGUGCACUGGCGACGGCACUCACCUUAAAGAAGUUAAAAUUUUCACAAAUCAAGACGAUAUUGACUUUACUAAUGCAAAGAGCUGCUGGCGCAGCAGAAAUUAGGUCUGGUUGA